AACAAUAAAAUGCGAGUUUUCAACGCUUUGCUUGCUGGAUAAAUAGGCCAGCAAGUGGAGAAAACAGCAAAACGGAACAAUUUCAUGUAAUAAAUCUGUAGAUUGCAUGAAAUUAAUAGCGAAAUACAACCGCACUCACACAUCCACACACGCACACGUAUAAAUAGUGCAUGCAACGCAUUUUUUUGGGUCAUAUGCAGGCUGUGGUGCGGUGGUGGGUGGCGGAUAGUGGAUAGUGGAUAACAACGCCCCAUCAUAACCAUACAAAUAAUAACGAUGAUGAUGAUGACGAGGAUGUUGUUGCUGCUGCUGCUGAUGAUGAUGACCACAACAACACGAGCACUUCUGGUAUGAGAGCGAAUUAUAUAAAAUUAUCAUGCAGCGCAGGCAGCGGCCAACUUGGCCACUCGAAUUCAACAAAAACGAGGCUAAACUUCAACUGCAUACGUGGCGCUGCGUGCGGACUGCAUGACGUAUACGUGAUAUACGUAUAACGUAUACGUAAUUGGCGCUGUGGCCAAUUGCCAAAAAGCGGCCCAGGAACAAAACGAACAAAAUCUGAAGCCAAAAGCAAAAGCAUAAAGCAAACAACGUGAGCAACAACUUAACUCAACUCAAAUCAGACGUGCGACAACUGUGACUGUGACAAGAGAAAAGAACAAAUAGCACCACACACAAGUCAAGUGCAAUCGAGUCAUAGUAGGCGUGGUCGCUGCAAAUGACGAAAGUUUUGAAAGUGUUGAAAAUAUGUUGAGGCAGCUGCCGCAAGAUGAGAAAAUGGCGAAGUUAACAUUGCACCGUCUACUGCAGCGUUUGCAGCUGACGGCGCUGCAGUUGGCCAACGACACGCCCACUUUAAUGCGACGACCUCAACUUAAUAACAACAACAACAACAACAACAACAAUAGAAACCGCAUGGCUCUCUUAAGCUGGCUGCACUUGUGCCAUGGCAAUGGACACUACUACUUAACGCUGGCCGUGCUCAUCUAUGGUUAUCUAAUGCUGCACGCCUCAGCAUCGUCAACAACUACGAACAUGUCGGUCGAAUCGAAUCUAACAACAACAACAAAGACAACUAAAAUAACAACAACAGAAAUAAGUUUAGCCAUAAGCGCAAAGAAAUUAAAACGCGAUGUUGCCCAUGUGCCUGACGAUGAUUACGAUGCCAGCUAUCCAGAUGACUUGGAUGAUAUAGAUGCCUUGAUUAAUAAUAAGUCCGCCAAAGGUAAAUACAUUGGAGCGCCAUGUAAUGAGUUAAAGUGUGAUGCAAAACUGGUGCAUGUCACCUGCGAUAAGGAGACGCAGUUGUGCAGCUGUGAGCGCAACUAUCCCGUGCAGCUGGGACCGAUAAAGGGCUGUGCCAAACCUAAGAAACUGGGCGAUCAGUGUUUCUACGACGAGACCUGCAUCUACAACGAUGAGAACUCCCUCUGUGUUCAGGUACGACACAAUGCGAUGUGCCAGUGCGCCAGUGGCUUUCACUCGGUCAGCUAUACGAAGCCAACAAGGCGGGUCUUUUGCACACCAGACCUGAGCGAGCUGAGUUCGGAUUUGCCCACGCUGCUGGGCGUAUCCUCGGGCAUUGCGGUGCUGGCGGGUCUCAUUUGCAUGGUAUUGCAUUUGUUUAGCAAGACCAAGUAUCCGAGGCAUCGGAACUUUGGUGAUGCGAAUAUUCCGCCGCCCAUACUCUACUCUAGCGAUACAGGCAUACCGCUGACUGUGCACUCGGCACGUCCAUCGUCGCGUUCCAGCAUCCGCUCGACGGGUUCGAUAGGGUCAUUUGGCAAUCGUCGCGCCUCGUCCGGCGGUUUGACUGGCGCCGUUGGCGGCGGCGUCGGUAAUAGCAGCGGCGGUGGUGGCGGCGGCGGCGGCAGCGGCAGCGGCGGACAUGGUGGCAACUCGAAGGGCAUACUUGUGUCGACGUCUCGUACAGGUGCGGCUAGAUCGGCCGCCAUAUUGCUCAUAUCGUGUCACAUUACGGCCGUGUCCAAACAAAAUUCACGCGCCUCGUCGCGUCACACAUCUGGCGCCGGCUGCAGCCAGCAUUCGCGCGACAAUCUUGACGAGAACAACGGCUGCAACGGCUCCGGCUCGGGCGGGGCUGGUGGUGGUAGCAGCGCUGGCGGCUGUCGCAGUUGCGAGAGCACGCUCUCAAUGAACCGCCAGCUGCAGAAGCAAUUGAAUCAUCAACGGCACCUGCUCAGCUUUGAGCUGUCGCCGGCGAAGACAAAGAAUCAGGAUAGAUUUAGGACCCUCUUGGGCUUGAAUGGCAUUCAUAAUUAUGAUGAUGACGAUGAUAAUAAUGAUGAUGGGUUCAAUAGCAUAGAUGCACUAGGUGCCAGUGGUGUCGGCAGUCGCGCUGGCGUUAGCGGCUAUGGCGGCUACGGCGACUAUGGCAGCGGCAUUGGCGGCGGUGCCGAGCUGCAUCAUUUGCAAAUUGGCGCCCUGCCCACGCCGGCGAGUGAAACGCCCAGAUUUGCGGUAAAUCAACUCAUCAGUCAGCAGUCAUUCAGCGUCAAUCAUCAACAUCAACAUCAUCAACAAUGUUAAUCACGAACAAUCACAAUUGGCCAAUUUGUAGCCUCCAUCAAUAACUCGAUCCCGCCUAGCAACUAUGUGUUCUCAUUAUAAGUUCUCUUCUUCUUCUUCUAUUGGUGUUUUGAAUUCCUGCUCUCCUUGCAUAUACAUUGUGUACCAAAAUCUUUAUCACAUCCAAACCCGUACUCUCAGUUAAGGUCAAUGUGGACUGCCUCAACUUCAACUGUCGUUUCGAUUUUGGGCUAGAGCUAAGGCCUUUUUAAGCAUUAUAUUGAGUUUUAAUUAA